UUAGUCUAUCGCUAACAGACUGGCAACGCUUGCGAAAAGUCGAGUUGGCAUUUGUACUCGAAAAAUUCCAUUUAAAUACAAAAUAACCAAACUGCAGAAAAUUAUUAAAUAAGUAACACACUGGCGUAAUUGAGGAAAAGUUUCGUUUUUCCCAGCUAACGCACUGCGACAACAUGUUGCACAACAAUGCCAGCUGGCUGCCACCGCCGCAACAACGGCAUCGUCUGCAGCAACAACAGCAACAGCAACAACAGCAAAUGCAACAGCAACAACAAUUGCAGCAGCAGGCAUCUCAAAUACAUCACAAUCAGUCGCCGUCACAGUCGCAGCCUCAGCCGCAGCCUCAGCCGCAGCCUCAGCCGCAGCCGCAGCUUUAUGCCAGCCAAAUGUUUCAACAACAGCUGCCACAGCCCGGCCAACAAGCAUUUUGGCCAGAACAGGAACAACAGUCGUCGUCGCUCAGCUAUAACAAUUACUUUGCCGGCACAGCACAACCCAAGCCACUGAGUUAUGGAUCACCUGCAACAGUUCCUACUCCUGUUUCUGCUCCCGCUCCAGCAGCAGCACCAGCACCUGCUGUCCCACUGACCUAUGCACAGUCCGAUAUGAUGUCCGCUCAACAACAAUAUUAUCAACCAUCACCAUUGGUGCAGCAGCAGCCGGAGCCACAGAUACAGCCAGCUGCCGAGUUCUUUGAUAAUAAUAAUAGUGGCAAAAAUGAUGGAUGGGGUGAUUGGGGCGAUUGGAAUGAUAACGUCAACAACAACAGCAAUAACAACAUUAGCAACAUUAGCAACACUAACAACAACAACAGCGGCAUUAUUAGCCACAAUGAGGUGCCGCCGGUAGCUAACAUUGUGGAGGAUUCCUUUAACGUGCAGGGCCAGAGCACCUGGCACACCUUUAGUAAUAGCCUAAACACCAGCAACAACCUCAAUACCAGCAAUACCAACAACAACAACAAUAAUAAUAAUACUGAACCAAGCAAAUCAUUGGAAUUGCCGCCUUUGCUAUCGCCCUCCGCGGAGCAACUGUCGCCCGUGUCGGAGCCCGAACUGAAUGCCAUUGUGCCCCCACAAGCUUUCCAAAAUCAGCCUCCUGUAGCUUCUUCAGUGGCCGGACCUCCAGUAGCAGCAGCCCCUCCAGUGACUGCUCCUCCACCGGCCGCUCCACCUGUUGCCGCGACGCCUGUGCUGCCACCGCCUACAAUGGACUCGGCAGCCGGAAAUCCUUUCAAGCGUUCCGGUGGACUAAGCCAGCGCGUGAAUAUAUUGGCCACACCAGGUGCAUCGGCAGCGGCAGCACCAACACCAGCACCAACUCCAAUUGUGCCCAUGGCAGCUGCAACGCCUGUACAGAUGCUGAUGCCGGAACCAAGCCAGCCGGAGCAGCCGUACGAGAAUCAGGAGGUACUGCUAGCAGCGCCCAAUGACGAGCGUGCACAAUACCUGCAGACGAGUCAUCUGUCUGAGCAGCACGAGGAGGAGGCCAACGAGGGCAACUGGGAGGCGGAUGGACUGUUGCCGCCGCCAGGCCUGUCGCGACUUGUGCUGGGACAGCCGGAGCUGGUGGAGCAGCAACGUCUGGUCACUGGUACCGAGCAGCCAGCCAGUCAUGUGGCCAAUGCGCUGCAUAUGUCCGACCGCCAAGCCGAUGGCGAGGACACCUCCGAGGGUGAGCAGCCGAUGCGUACGGAUCUCUUCCACCCGCAGCAGCAACAACAGCAACAGCUGCAGCAACAACAUCAGCAGCACCAGCAACAGCAACAACAACAGCAUCAUCAGCAGCAACAGAUGCAGACAUCAGCGCAUCGCGUAGUAACGGGUGUGGAGACGCACGCCCAAGCCGUGGUGCUGUCCGGAGAGCAACGUGAGGUGGUGCUUGACGGCGAGAAUCUGGAGGAUCAGCGGCCAGUGCAGCCGCCAGCGUCGCUGACAGUGCCGACAACAACAGCAGCUGGUGGAGCAGGAGGAGGAGUGAGUACAGGUGCAUCGGGAUCAGCCGCUGCAAUUGAACUGGAUACGGAAAUACAUCAAACACAUCACAUUGGCAAUGAGGAGAAUGAGACGAGCGUGCAGCAGCAGUUGCAACAACAGCAACUGUUGCUAGAGAAGAAGCAGCAGCAGCAACAUGCACGUGGCAAGCCCCGUCCGGCGGCCUCGCUCGAUCUGGAGUCGGAGGAUGAGUCCGAGGAUGAGUGGCUGCUAAGUGAUAGGCAUGACCUGCCGCCGCGACGACAGACGGAUGAGCGGAGCAUGCGCAGCUUGCGCAGCAAUCGCCGCCAUUAUAGCAGCAACAACACGAGCAACAACUACGAAGGCGAAACAGAGGAUUCGGCACGUGCUGUGGGCGGCGGCGGUGCCGGCGGAGGCCCAGCUGGCCACAACGAGAGCAACAGCAGCAGCAAAUCGGGCCGUGAUAUGAAGCGACGCAGCCGCGAUGCGGAUCAGCAUCGCAGACAUGAGCCGGAGCGCAGUGGCAGAGAGCGCAGCGACAGAGAACGGGAGCGGGAACGAGAGCGUGAACGUGAACGGGAACGGGAACGGGAACGUGAACGUGAAAGGGAACGCGAAAGGGAGCGUGAUCGCCAUACGUGGCGACGCGACGAUACGAUAUAUCGAAUGUCGCGGUAUAGCAACAACAACAGCAACUACGACGGCGAGUCGGACGCAGCCGUCCAGGCGGCAGCCAGCGAUGGUGGCGGCGGAGGCGGCGGCAGCGCUGCCGGCAGCGGCACAGGCGGACGCAAAAGCAAGGGAAGCCGCCACAGCCGCAGCGCUGUGGCCGCCGACGACGACUACGAUGACUAUGAGAUGCGAUCGAUGCCACGCGGCGGCAGUCACUAUCGCUCGAGGCGCUCGGAGAAGCAGGCUCCCUCCUCGCAGCAGGACAAACCUCGCAGCAGCCGACGCAGCCAUGAUGGCGGCGAGCGAGGGCGYCACUCGCAUCACGCGGACUGGCAGCAGCAGCAAUGGGAUGCGCGCACCUACGAGGGCUACCGCAACAAGAGCUCGCGCAACAGCGACCUCAAGAAGGAGUCGGUCAAUGGCAGCAGCAAGCGACGCAAUUACGAACAGUAUGCAAAUCCAACGGCCGGCUACGAUCCGUUCAGCAUCUACGAGCAGAUGUCGUGUGAUCCGCGCGCCUAUAUGGACAUUUACACCAAGUUGUAUGGCCAGAUGAUGAUGAGCGCUGCGGUGAAUGCGGGCGCCGCAUCGAAGGUAGCAAAGCACCCGAUGCACGAUCAGCUGAUCGGUAUGGAUCCCAGGGCUUUUGUGGACCGCACCGGCGCUGGCUCCGCUGCCGGCGUUGGCAGCGAGGACGCGCUCAGUGAGCGGGAAAGGUACACACACGCAUACAUAACACAAGCCAAUGAAUUCCAUCGUCGUCGCCAACAACUGAAUCUCUAUCAGCAACAACAACAGCAGCAACAACAACAACAGCAGCAACAGCAACAUGAUUAUUCGGAUCUAUUGAACAGCACACUAGGGGGCGAUGACAGCGCCAGCCUCUAUGGCAGCGAUACACACAGCAACAAUCGACAUCUCAGGUUGGCUUCCUAUGGCAUCUCCAGCGCUCGUUCGUUAAGCAAUUUGAACUGUGAGGAUGCAACGAUAGCCGGAUAUAAGCGUUAUUAUGCUGGCUCGGAAUGCGGCGUCGAUAUCAGAGCUGCUGUUGGUGGUGCAACAACAACGACUCUCGACAGCAAUGCGGACGGCACGGCAAUGGGCAACGUGAGCGUGGCGCGUCCGCCGCGACGUCGCACACCGCUGCUGCACAAUCAGCCGCACCUGGUGGCCAACUACUCGAUGAGCGUGCUGCUGCGCGUGCGCCCCAUGUACGCUGGACCCGGACGUUUGCGCAACGAGGUGGAUGUGGCAGCGCCCAGGAUCAAGGAUGCCACCAGCAGUCUGCUGCGCGCCUAUCCCGGCCCGUUGCAGGGUCGCAAGCUGCACAAGGACAAGAUCAUCAGCUUCUGCAAGGAGCAGAUUCGCUUGGGCCCGUCGCGCUCCUGCAGCAUUCUGUACGCCACACAGACAAAGCCGCUGGGCAGCGUGGACAAAUAUCGUGCCUCGCACGCACUCAUGUGGAAUCUACUCAUACUGCUGCUGCGACAGAAUGGGGUCAUUGCCGACACGGAUGUGGGCGAUCUGCUGCUGGAGAAUCAGCGCGAAUAUCCGUAUGCACCGGAAGCUGAGGCGGAUGCCGAAUCAGCGGACACCGACUCAGCGGAUGCUGACUCAGCGGCUGUGCGUAUCGUGGGAGAUCGUAGCGAGACUGCCAAUGACUCAGAUGGCGAGGCUGUGACAAAAGCUCCAGCUGCUGCAGCUGCUGCUGGGGCUGCGGAGACUGAACAGGAUGCUGAUGCAGAUGCGGCUGCCACAGAGGCGCCCAUGUCGGAGCAAGCUGCCACCGACAAGUUUCGCAGCUUUGUGCUGCGCGGCAACGUCGAGGAGGCGCUGCAAUGGGCCACCGAUCACAACCUGUGGACGCACGCCUUCUUCUUGGCCCUCUACGAGGAUCGCUAUGCCCUCACAGAUGUGGCACAAAAGUUUCUCAGUCGCGCCAUCAAAGCGAACGACCCGCUCCAAACGCUCUAUCAGAUGAAGAGCUGCCAUACGCCCGCCUGCGUUAGCCAGCUGCGCGACGAGCAAUGGGGCGACUGGCGUUCGCAUCUCUCCAUCCUGGUGACCAAUAAAUCGCGUCAGCCCGAAUACGAUCGCAGCUCGGUGGUUGCUCUGGGCGAUACGCUCUUUCAGCGCGGCGACAUCUAUGCGGCGCACUUCUGCUAUCUAGUUGCACAGGAGGAGUUCGGACGUUACGACAGCGGUGCCACGGAACUGACCACGCUGACAGCCAAUGUGCCCAGGCUCAUCUUGCUGGGCGCCUCACACUACAAGCCGUUCAAUGAGUUUGCCAGCAACGAGGCAAUCAUCAUGACGGAGAUCUACGAGUACGCACGCUCGCUGUUCGAUAACAAGUUCAGCAUUGUGAACUUCCAGCACUACAAAUUCCUGUUGGCCACACGCAUCCUGGACUAUGGGCAACAUUUCCGCUGCACCAACUAUCUGGAGCAGAUCGCCAAUCACAUUGAGCUCAAGCCGGAUAGCUAUGAUGCGGACUUUAUAAAACGCGUUUGCGGGCUGGCCGAGCGCUUGCGCUAUUAUGAUCCCAUACUGAUCAAUCGUGUGUCCUUUGCAAGUCCAACGAAUGCAACUAAUGGCGGUCAGGCGGCGCCACAAGUCGGUGCACCUGAGGAAAAGGAAUGGCUGCGUCAGCUGCGUGCGCUGGCUGAUCAGCAGCCACAAGAGCAACAACAUCUACAGCAGCAGCAACAGCAAGCGGAUAUUGAUCAGCAAUUCGUGGACUUGAAUAAGCAAAUGCGCGAGCUGAACAUGCAAUAUGAGGACACCAUGCAGCGCGAGCAGGAGGCGCAGCAGGAGCACCAGCAACAGCAGCAACAACAGCCGGAAUACUAUGAGCAAUCGGCUCAAGUGCAGCCGAGUCACGAGCAAGCGCUCACCGAUAGCUAUGCGCCGCCUUUGUAUUACGAUCCGAAUGCAGCACAGCAACAGCAGCAGCAACAGCAACAGCAACAGCAGCAGCAGCAGCAACAACAGCAGCAACACCUGUAUGAUCCCUCACAGCAACAGUUGCAGCCGGGCGCUGUCUAUGGGCACAUUGAGACUGCAACCGAGGCAUAUGGCAGCCACAAUACGCCAGCCUAUGAUGCACAGCCAGCAGCAACAUCUGGCUACGAUUAUUGGCCCGGGGAUGGACAGCAGCCGUUUGGCGAUGAGCAACAUCAGCAAAGGCUGCCCACAAUUUCGAUGCCAAAAUCAAAGAGUUACGAUGACGACGAUGGAGCUGUUACGGCCGGAAACUCCACGUCCGGCAAUGCAACAGCAAAGACAGGCAAAGAGCAGCAGCAACAGCAACAAGCCGGAGCUGGCGGCUUGCCGGGCGGGCAGGGCAACCAGAACUCCGGCUGGUUUGGCGGGCUGUGGAACAAGUUUUCGCUGAAGCCCAAAAAUCAAAUGAUCUUGCCGGACGACAAGAAUCCGACAAUUGUUUGGGAUAAGGAGCGCAAGUGCUGGACAAACACUGAGGGCAAUGCCGAUGAGGCGGAAUCAUUCAAGCCGCCACCAAAGAUGAGCGACAUGGGCGCCACACCAGCACCAGCACCAGCACCAGCUCUCAAUACUUUGGGCAAUGUGCCAAUGCCAAUGGCGACGCCAAAUCUGCUGCCACAGCAGUCCAUGACUGCACCCGAGCUGUCCAACAAUGCGAAUGUCUAUGAGAAUCAAACGGAAUACGAUUACGGAGCUGGCUAUCAGGAGACAAUGUAUGGAGGAGCACCCGCAGCAGCAGCAGCCGAAAUCCCUGCAAUGCCUGCGCCAGCUGCCUCGCCGGCACAUGGUCUAGCCACAGCUCCCGUUCCAGCAGCAGCAGCAGCGGCACCGGCAGCAGCAGGAGCAGGAGCAGCAACGGUGCCUGGUGGCUCGCAGCCAAAGCUCCAAUCGAACAUGUUCAAAAUUAAACGCAAUCGCACGCUGAAGAACUCCUACGUUGAUGUAUUCAAUCCAUCUGGUGCGCCAAUCUCUGCAGCGCCACAGAAUGUGCUGGCGCCAGCAAUGGCGCCGGUUGCCGUGCCACAGGGCGGUUUCUUUGUGCCUGGCGCGAUGCCAAUGCAACAGCAGCAGCAACAGCAACAACAACAACAGCCGCAGCAGCAGCAGCAGCAAUAGCAAUAGCAGCAAUUGGAGUAGCGAAUGAAAAUGUUGUUAACAAACAAUAUAAUAUAAUAUUAUAUAWAAUAAUUCCCAAGUAAUACGUAAUCAACACAAGAGCUGAACAACAACAACAACAACAACAUCGACAACGACACACAAACACGAGCAACAACAGAAAACACUUUCUUUUAUAACUUUCUGCAUGCUGGAAAGAACAGACGGAUAAAACACGAGACAAAUAUAACAACUUGGCAGCUUCACCGCGUGUGUUUUCGUUGUUUA